AUGUCCGAGCGAAACUACAAGACCAUUAAUCUUCCUGGGGAUGAUUCUGACGACUUCGAGAUCGUCUUCAAAUGGCUCUAUGGGGACAAGAAGAUCAUGGAAGAGAGUGUCUUACGCAUAGCCACUACUUACAAGACCGCGUACAAAUACUGUCUUCCCGACCUCCAACACGCUCUUGUCGAAGCCAUCAAAGAGAUCUCGGCGACUACCAGACUGACACCCACCGACGCUAUGCAGAUCUACAGAGGGAGCCCCAAUGGCUGCAAACUUCGCAAUGUUGUCGUAGAUCGGCUGCACGACGACAUUUGCAAGUGGCCGGAUGAAUACGGCGUCAAGGUGGACAGAUCGGACCUUACAGCAGGGAGAUGCGAGCAUUGCAAAAAGAAGAUACGGAAUUGGCAUGGCUCCUGUACUGGAGAAUGCAAGAGCAAUAUUAUAUUGCUAUAG